AUGAUAUUAGAAGUGAUAAAGCCUAGCGCUGCCGGAACAUCUCCCUUUUGUCCUAACCCGCACCUUCCGAACGACGAGCCCACUUUCCACCAUUGUCUUUGGCGGCAAAUGAAGCGCAAAACCAAGCCGCAAGAUCCUGUGGGUUUAAAGCCGCUUCCAAAGCGUCGUCGUACUACUGCUGCUACCACCACCAAGGCGACGUCAACUGACAGGAACCGCUCCUCUAAACUAAAAAACAACCUCUUCACCGUAUUCUCCCUUCACACCGUCCUGCAAGAAUGCAUUUUCCUCGGAAGAUGUCUUUCCUCCUCUUCAUCUAUGGACCCCCGACACCUUGAAGCGUACAUUUACGGAUUCUGGACCAUGCUACUCUUGCGACACAUCUCUCAUGAACGCCAUGUAAUCCGCCUUCUCCAGCCACAGUGGCCAAUCUGGUCUUCGCAGGACGACAACGACAAGCGGAUGCUCGACAUGAGCUUGCUCUCGACCAAGACGACACCUGACGGGGGUGCAAGGGGUGUCUACGUUGACCUGGCCAUCGUUAUCGUUCAGACAGAGCCACGCUGGAAGGUACUCAGAUAUGCACAAGGAGUUAUCAGCGUUGCUAAGCUUGCGGGACAAACCCUUGGCUGGUUUUUCGAAAAUUUGUAUGCAAUGCCUAUGUUUGCUGCUUUUGAGCCUGCCUUCCUACGGGUCGUCGGCCUUCGGGCACCAAUACUUCUCGAACUGAAGCUUGGCCCUCCUCGGCACAGCCUCUGCAUGGCCGAUUUUCACCGGAAGCUCACUGCUCUCCUCCAGGCUGCAAAGCGACAGGCCGAGAAGCAAGCCAGAGCCCUGUACGCAUCAUGGCGAUUCAUUGGACAGGAAUUUGUCAUCACGGUUGCCGUUGCGGGAGAGUAUAUGACCAUGCGACGAUGGACACGCAAGUGGGGCCGACGGACUAUCCUUCAAAAUAUCCGGUCGGCCAAUGACCUGGUUCGUCUUCGCGGCAUCCACCCGCCGCCAGGAGAAGGCGAGCUCUUGGAGUUGUUUGCGUCAAAUGAACACCCAGCAAACUCUGAAACAGACUCCAAUAGAUCUACCUCGCCAUUUCAAAUCCCGGCACAAUCUGAUUCUGUCCCCCUGGCUGGAAAUCAACCUCGCUCGGUAACAGUCAAAGGACUGCGGUGGGCGGACGAGGAACCUAAUGAUGGCGACUUCGUCCCAGAAACCGCAUCGCAGUCUUCUGAAUCGGGGACAAGUGAUUCAGAGGCGGCGGAAUACCACUCGGACGCCGGCUCUGGUGAAUCGGACGGCGAUAUUGACGAAACAGAUCAUACUGUUGAGGAAUUAAUCGAAAUGUAUCAAGCUAAGCUGUCAGAAUACGACUUUCGACCGACAGGUAUCCUUGACCGACACAGGGAACGCAUAGCUCGGUACUGUGAGCGACUGGACGAGCUGGAGGUCGAAGCAAACGACGAUGCGGAGGUGCUCAAUAAAUCUGGGCUGCCGAAAUCGAGGAUGAGUGAGAUUCGCAAACUCCGUGGAGAAGCACAAACGACGUUUGAAGCUCGAAACGCGGCCCGCGAUGCUUAUUACGACUACGGAACGCUGAUUGCGGAGACGCUUGCAACCCAAGCAGGGGACAGUGGGGGCGUCAAAACCCGCUUCCGGAAAAAGCAUGAGACGAUACUCGAAAAUCACGAGGCUCGUCUCGCUGCCUAUCUCGAGGAGUACAACGCGGCGCAAGCUGCGUUCCGCACUGCAGCACGGACUCUGGGCGCAAGUAUGCCUCCUACCCAAGGCGGACUCUCGCCGCCGUUUUCUGACGACGAUCUCGACAUCUACAACCAUUCGCUUACUGCCUCUCCCGGCGACGUUCCCUUCUUCGAAAAGAACGACCCCGCACGGUUUUUUGCGGGGGAGGAAGACACCGCAUGGACCGGGGUCAUUCGCCUGGGGUCAGAUUUGGCGGAAAAGUACUUGCAAUAUAUUGAAGACGUUGUUCGCGAGUUCGAGGACGAGGAAUUGGAACGGCGCAGCAAGGUGAAGUUUCCGCAAUAUACCGAAGACAGUGCAUGGGAUUCGGAGGACCCAGAAACAGAUGAUGAGACGGAGUCGGAAGAGUAG